AUGGCAGAUCGUCUACCAAUCCGAACGCAGCAUUGCCAAUUCUGCAACCACCUUCUGCUAGCAACAACACGCACACUCUCCACCCUCCCGCGCCGAGGCGGCGAAAGCAAAGACAAAGCCUUAAUCCUACCAUUGGAAAACAACGAGGACUCAGAAGUACCUACACAGCACACGACUCUCCUUCUGUCAACGUUACUUCCGGAUCGUCGGCCGACCCUUAUCCGCCGUGAGGAUGGCAUUGAAAAGAGACUCCUACUGCGAUGCGGGCGGUGUCGUGUUGUAGUCGGGUACCAUCUUGACGCAGUGCAUUAUGAAGAUCCGAAACAGAAGCCCUUGUAUCUUCUUCCUGGGUCGGUGGUUGAGACUGAGAAAAUGGGUCAGGAGGAAGACGGCCAGUGGAGGGAGUGGAUUGUUGACAAUUAA